ACAUAGGCUAUUUACUAGAAGUGCUCCUUAUCAGCGAUAAUUUAAGCCAUGCCUGUCUUUCAAAUCGAACAUAUUUUGGAAGCUGCCUUUCAAGCUGGAAAAUGAAAGUUGUUGUUCAUUUAAUGAUUCUCUUGUAUACAUCCACAAUUCAAAGCCUGAAGAUUGUAUCCAAACGGGGUUCAGUUCUUCUGAAUCAGGACUCCCAUACAAAGUCCAACAUUCUAAAAAUAAACUUCAAGAGGGAGGGAGCUGAUGGAUGUACAGAUUGGUCUGUGGACUACAAGAAAUAUCAAGUUCUUCUGGGGGAACCAGUGCGAGUGAAAUGUGCAUUAUUUUAUGGAUACAUCAGGGCCAACUACACCAUAGCUCAAAGUUCAGGACUUAGCUUGAUGUGGUAUAAAAGUAGCGGUCAUGGGGACUUUGAAGAGCCAAUACCAUUUGAUGGAAUUAGAAUGAGUAAAGAAGAGGACUCCAUUUGGUUUCGUCCCACAGAAUUGCAAGAUGGUGGACUGUUUUCCUGUGUGUUGAGGAAUACUACAUACUGCAUGAAGGUUUCAAUGUCACUGAUUGUAGCUGAAAAUGAUACAGGCCUUUGCUACAAUACAAGAAUGAAAUAUUUUGAAAAAGCUGAGCUCAGCAAGAGUAAAGAAAUAUCAUGUCCAGAUAUUGAAGAUUUCAUUCUCCCAGACAGUGAGCCUGUCGUGUGGUAUAAGGAAUGCAAGGCAAAGGACUGGCGAAAAUCUAUCAUUCAGAAGGGAGACACACUUCUAAUACGCGAAGUAACAGAAGAUGAUGUUGGAAAUUACACAUGCGAAGUGAAGUUCAGAAGUUUUGUGGUAAGAAGAACGACAGAAUUAACAGUUACAGCUCCAAUGACAGAUAAACCACCCAAGUUCCUUUAUCCUUUAGAAAACAGGUUAAACCCUGUGGAGGCACAGCUUGGCAUCUUUGCCAAUCUGACUUGCAGAGCCUUUUUUGGUUAUGGUGGAGAGGUCAGCCCUAUAAUUUAUUGGAUGAAGGGAGAGAAGUUUAUUGAAGACCUUGAUGAUAACCAUGCCAGAGAAAGUGACAUAAGAAUUCUCAGGGAACACCUCGGGGAGAAAGAAGUUUCCAUUUCUCUGCUAAUUGACUCUGUGCAGGAUGCAGACUUGGGAAACUAUUCUUGCUAUGUUGAAAAUGGGAAUGGACGUAGACAAGCAAGCAUUCUUCUUCAGAAGAGAGAACUGAUGUACACCGUGGAACUUGCGGGUGGAUUGGGGGCUAUCCUUCUGCUGCUGGUCUGUCUGGUGACUCUGUACAAAUGCUAUAAGAUAGAUAUUAUGCUAUUUUAUCGCAAUCAUUUUGGAGCAGAUGAACUAGAUGGAGAGAACAAAGAUUACGAUGCAUACCUGUCAUACACCAAAGUCGACCCUGAUCAGUGGAACCAAGAAACCACAGAGGAAGAACGUUUUGCACUGGAGAUUUUACCAGAUGUGCUAGAGAAACAUUAUGGGUACAAAUUGUUCAUCCCUGACAGGGACUUGAUUCCAACUGGAAUAUGGGCUGAAUCGCAAUCCCGUGCUACGCAACACUCUUCGUGCCCCACUAUAAUCGGAUGGGAGAACACAUAUGUUGAAGAUGUGGCACGAUGCAUUGAUCAAAGCAAGAGACUAAUUAUCGUUCUGACCCCGAAUUAUGUCAUAAGGCGAGGCUGGAGUAUCUUUGAACUGGAAACCAGACUGCGCAACAUGUUAGUCACGGGUGAAAUUAAAGUGAUAUUAAUUGAAUGCAGUGAACUUCGGGGAAUUAUAAACUAUCAGGAGAUUGAGGCCCUCAAACAUAUGAUCAAGCUUCUUACGGUUAUCAAGUGGAAAGGACCUAAAUGCAACAAACUGGAUUCCAAAUUUUGGAAACGUUUACAGUAUGAGAUGCCCUUUAAGAGGAUAGAGCCGAUCUCUAAUGAGCAGGUUUUGGAUGCUAGCGAACAGGGCCCAUUUGGGGAACUGCAGACAGUGUCUGCCAUCUCCAUGGCAGCAGCAACCUCCACCGCUCUGGCCACUGCCCAUCCGGACCUACGCUCUACCUUUCACAACACCUACCACACUCAGAUGCGGCACAAGCAUUAUUAUCGGAGCUACGAGUAUGAUGUACCUCCCACUAGCGGCAUCAUGCCCUUUACCUCAUUGGGUAAUCAACACACAUACUGCAACAUCCCCAUGACACUUAUAAAUGGGCAGAGGCCCAAUAAUAAAAUAAACAAGGAGCAAACUCCAGAUGAGGUUCACACAAACAGUGCAGUACUACCACUUCUGCCAAGGGAGACCAGUAUGUCCAGUGUCAUUUGGUAACAACUAGUGGGGUGAUUUGAACCUCUUCAGGUUACACAGUCCGGUGCCUGGGACCAUGGCCUUGACUGCUGCUGUUAUACAAAAAGAAAUAUGAAAACACAGGGUCUUGUAGAUAAUUGAUUUGUUUGUAACAUCAGAGUCUUCCUGUUCUAUUCUUGCCUGUCACUACUACAUUUAUGAUUGUUUUCUAUGUUCUAUGUUAUUAGAACUGUUUUCAGAAUUUUUAAAGAAACUGGCAAGCAUAACCAUGUCAUAUAGAGAAAGAAAAAAAAGACAUGCUUUUUCAUGAUUGAUGGAGAUGGAAAUGGCUUGGUUUUGACACCUUGUUGGGAUGCUUUUGCAAGAUUGUGAGAUAAAUGUGUGAGGAUCUUUUUUUCAACUUUUCAUUCCGGAUAAAUGAAAGUGCUUUCAAGCCACGGUCAGUUUUCUGAAAUGUGAUUUGUUGAGGGCGUGUGCAUUGUUACGUUACAUAUUAAGCCGUAGGCAUUAUAUAUCAGAGACACUGAAAGCUAAAGUGUAUAUUGUAGGUGAUGUUUCCAUGUCAAUACCAUAUCAAGUCAGUCUGAGGCACCCCUUCAAGUUCAGAUAUUUAUCGAAAGAACAUUCUGAUCGUUAUUGCUGACGACAACUAUUAAGUAGAACUUUAUGAGGUGAAGUAGAUAUAGUCCUAGCUCAAACCAUUCAUGAUCACAAGAUAAUUAUACUUUACCUAAUUAAUAAUAAAUUCCCCUUUUUGUCAGAUAUUCAUCGUGGGUGGUGUUGAAAGCAAGGCAUCUGCUUACAAAAAUAAGCUCAUAAUUACGAUUAACAGAAAAAACCUAUUAUCAAGGUGUCCUAAGUAAAUUAUGCCCUUUUACAAUGGUAAAUUAGUCUUCCACAUUCAUGAGAAAAUUGUGCAGAGAUGUGGUUCAUUUUACUGGAAAAUGCACUCUACGAAGGAUUUUUUUUUAAUGUUGACUCAGUGCACAAUUCCCACAGUAAUGAUUAGAAAAAAAAAAGAUUUUUUUUGCUUAAAUACUUUGUCUAAAGAUGGUUAGGGCCAUUUCUACCUCUAAAACAAUAAAUGAUAUUUCAGAAGAAAAAUAUCUUGAGUUUUUUUUGUGUUUUGACUGAAACUGAAAACAUUGGUUUUCAAAGUCAGAUCACAUGGGCAUUAGGGCAGCAUGUUUCUUACUUUUUAUAACGUUUGUACGCUUAUGUAUUUUUUCCAUUCGUCGGCUUUUUUUGUUAUUUACUUGUGGGCCAGUGUAUAGUGGUUUCUAAUGCCUUGAUACACUCUUUAUGUCAUAGUUUGUUAUGUAGGGACGACAAAAAGCACCAGGCUUGCUUGUCCGUAUUUUAAAAUUAAAACUAUUAUUUUCAAA